AAGGGGGAGGCUAUGCCAGGCGACCGGUGGCGUCUUUGCCGAGGGGGUCCCGGGUUGGCCGAACCGAAUUGCUGCUGGCCCGGCCCGGCGGGAGCGCGCGCCAGGAGAGAGAAAGAGUGAGUCCGCGCCAGGUGCGUCCGCGCGUGGGCUGAGAGUCGAGGAGGGAGUGCGCAGGUUGAAGGCGCCAGAUCUGCUGCAGCAAAUACUUGAAGCAUAUCAAUUGUAUAUCUGAAUCUGCAGUAUCUGGAUGAUACUUUUUAUAGGAUAGAUGGCAUUCCUGAUCAACUUGUGCUAGUGGCAAAUGCCAUUUUCAUGAACAGCAUUCUAUAUCAGCCUCAUGGAAUUAACCUAGAGAGAAUUGUAUGCUCUUCUGUUACUGGCUCUAAAACAAGAUUUCACCAAGUACUGCCUUGUUGCUUUUAGUAAAUGCUGGUUGAGAAAUAUUUAUCUGAUUCCCUCUCUUUACCUUUCACUAUGGCAGAGAUGAACACAGAAGCAGAACAGCAGCUUCUCCAUAAUGCCAGAAAUGGAAAAAGUGAAGAAGUCCGACAACUUUUAGAAACCAUAAACAAAGGAGAGAUUACCUGUAACAUCAACUGCAAAGGCACAAGCAAGUCAAAUCUGGGCUGGACACCGCUCCACCUCGCAUGCUAUUUUGGGCACACCGGUGUUGUUGAAGAUUUGCUAAAGGCUGGUGCUGAUGUAAAUGUGUUAAAUGACAUGGGAGACACUCCAUUGCAUCGUGCAGCCUUCACAGGGCGCAAGGAGGUUGUUAGGCUCCUUUUGGAAUACGAUGCAGACAGUUCCAUUGUUAACGGGAAUGGGCAAACUGCGAAAGAUGUUACAUAUGAUAAAGAAAUUAGAGAGAUGCUGGAAGCUGUGGAAAGAACUCAAGAGAGGAAACUUGAAGAACUCCUCCUAGGGGCUGCACGAGAAGGAGACACUGGAAAACUCACAGCACUGUUAAACAGAUCAAAUCCUCCUGACAUCAACUGUACUGACCAGAUGGGAAAUACACCGUUACAUUGUGCAGCAUAUCGCGCCCACAAGCACUGUGCUUUGAAGCUCCUGAAAGGUGGAGCAGACGCUAAUCUAAAGAACAAAAGUGGUCAAACGCCAAUGGCUUUAGCCCAGGGUGCAGAAAUGAAGCAGAUACUUGGAGGGGGCAUUGGGAAGGGGAUCAACAAACCUCUGAAACGAUGUGAAGGACUACUCUGGAAGAGUUCAAGAUUUUUUGGAUGGAAGCCAUAUUGGGUCGUGUUGGAACAUGGAGUCCUUUCCUGGUACCAGAAACAGGCUGAUGUUGGAAAUAUUAACCGCCGCCAAGGAUGCAAGCAUCUAACACAAGCUGUUUGCACAGUAAAAGGUGCAGAUGGCUGUCUCUUCUCUGUCAGGUGUUUUGACAAUACAGUUCACAGUUUUAAAGUGCCCAAGACCAGUCAGCAGCAAUCAAGGGAGAACUGGGUACAAGCAAUAGAAGACCAUUCAGCGUACAGCACACAUUACUGUACUCAAGAACAACUAAGUGAUGAGGAGGAAGAGGCAGAGGAUGUAAUAUCAGUUUCUGAGUUACAAGACUCACUAAAAACCGCACAGUCAUGUCAACAAAGACUAGAUAAAGAGAUUUCUACCUUCCUCACCAUGAUUAAAUCAUGUGAUACAACUCAAGGAGUACCAACUUUAUUUCUCAAGAAAGCUGAAGAAGUCUCUGAAACUUCAAGAGAAACUUGUGAAGCUCUCACCAAUUGUCUCAAACUUUUCACAAAACAAGAUGGGGUGAGGAAUCUGAAACUGGAGCAUGAGCAAGAGAAAAACAAGAUCUUAUCUGAAGCUCUAGAAACACUAGCCACUGAACAUCAUGAAUUAGAGCAGUCACUAGUCAAAGGGUCAUCACCUUUGAGCAUCCUUAGCGAGGAACAGUUCUAUGAUGCCGUUUCAGAUUCAGAAUCUGAAAGAUCACUGAGUGGCUUUGAAACUGUGGCAACAUAUUCAUUAGAAGAUAGCAUGGAUUCUGGUGAUACUAUAACAUCUGAUGUGUCUGAAGAAAAACCCUGCAAAAGCGGAGAAAGGCUAUCCAAUGGCAUCAAAAAACACAGGACAAGCUUGCCUUCUCCAAUGUUUUCCAGAAAUGAUUUUAGUAUUUGGAGCAUCUUAAGAAAGUGCAUUGGAAUGGAGCUGUCAAAGAUUACUAUGCCGGUAAUUUUUAAUGAGCCACUGAGUUUCCUACAACGACUGACAGAAUAUAUGGAACAUACCUAUCUAAUUCAUAAAGCCAGCUUACUUUCUGACCCUGUUGAAAGAAUGCAGUGUGUAGCAGCAUUUGCUGUUUCAGCCGUUGCCUCUCAGUGGGAAAGAACAGGAAAACCAUUCAACCCAUUACUUGGAGAGACAUAUGAACUGGUCAGGGAGGACCUUGGAUUCAGACUCAUUUCGGAACAAGUUAGUCAUCACCCACCAGUCAGUGCUUUUUAUGCAGAAGGACUGAAUAAUGACUUUGUGUUUCACGGCUCCAUUUAUCCUAAACUCAAAUUCUGGGGGAAAAGUGUUGAAGCAGAACCUAAGGGAAUAAUAACUCUAGAACUGCUUGAACAUAAUGAAGCAUACACAUGGACAAAUCCUACGUGCUGUGUGCAUAAUAUUAUUGUGGGCAAGCUUUGGAUUGAGCAGUAUGGAAAUAUGGAAAUAACUAAUCACAAUACAGGUGACAAAUGUAUGUUAAAUUUCAAGCCUUGUGGCCUUUUCGGAAAAGAAUUACAUAAAGUUGAAGGCUACAUUCAAGACAAAAACAAAAAGAAAAUUUGUGCCCUCUAUGGAAAAUGGACGGAGUGUUUGUACAGCGUGGAUGUUGCUGUGUUUGAAGCUUUCAAAAAAAAUGACAAGAAAAACACAGAAGAGAAGAAAAACAGUAAACAGGCCACCGGUUCUGAUGAACCAGAUGAGAUGCCUUUGCCAGAUUCUGAAAGUGUGUAUAUUAUUCCUGGAAGUUUGUUAUUAUGGAGAAUAGUCCCAAGGCCUUCAAACUCGACCCAGAUGUACAAUUUCACGAGUUUUGCAAUGGCUUUGAAUGAACUGGAUGAAGAAAUGGAAAGUGUUAUUCCUAAAACUGAUUGCAGAUUAAGGCCAGAUAUAAGAGCUAUGGAAAAUGGUGAAAUAGAUGUUGCCAGUGAAGAAAAAAAAAGGCUUGAGGAAAAACAAAGAGCAGCUCGUAAAAGCAGGUCUAAAUCCGAUGAAGAGUGGAAGACAAGGUGGUUCCAUCAAGGUCCUAAUCCCUACAUUGGAGGACAAGACUGGAUUUAUUCUGGGAACUACUGGGACAGAAACUACUUUAGCUUACCUGAUAUUUAUUAAAAUGCAUUGGAAAUGCAAGGCUAACACAAAUAUGUCUUAAAUCAGUUUUGUGUUUUCCUUUGUUGCUAUCCUCUUAGAAAAACAACUGACACAUUUUAAUUGAAUGUACUAUUAUGCAGCUUCUGCAGCAAUUAUGGUGGGACAAGUGCGUUGUGAGGAAGCAGUUGUUCUUGCCAUGGUCCCCACAUUGCACUAUGCAUACAAACUGAUCUGAUACAGGUGCUGUAUUUUGGAGAAAGAGUGUUACCUAUAUUUGCUGAAGAAAACAAUAUAACUAAUGACCUGUUCUGGAUCAACAUGGAAAACAGAAGAUCUUUAGGUUUUCUGUCUCUCUUUGGUCAGUGAUAGCUUUGCUGGCAUAAUGGAAACUUAAGACCUCAUACAAGACAGAAAUAUCAAAAGCACAUUUGUGAAAUGCAAUACUACUGUGGCUUGAAGCCAGGAAAGGGCAUGCCACUCUUAGGAAGACCUACUCAACUUUCUGAAAGUGAUGUUCCAUUACUUCAUAAAACACUAGGUUAUGGAUAGCAGGUACAAGCUAAGUUACUAUCACAGUAACUCUGUACCCGUCUGCUCCUCCCAUUCAUGUCCUCCCCAGACAUUAAGUAGGAUUACUAGGUAACAAUACAUAGCAGUGUCUAUUCCAUGUUUAGUGCAGUGUUCUGAAUUUUCUCGUUCAUGUUUUAUUACCGUGUGCUCAUAUCUUUAAGGAAUUAAGAGCCAUUUAAAUAUUUGAAAAUUUAAUUUGAACCAAGAUGAAGUAUUUUUUUAAAUGCACUAAGAGGUGCUCAGCACUAUCAGAAAUCUAGGGGGGAACGGUCCUCGGAAAAAUGAUGGGAUACUUCAGAUGCAUCUGGGUGUUUUCUAUCAGCAGCAACCUCCUGAAGGAACUUGUGUGCAUUUCAAAGCCAGUAAGAUAGCUCUGAGACUAUUGUACACAGCCGAUUUGCCCCUUUGUUUGGGGUGCAUUAAAAUUUACGGAUUAUAUAUUUGUAUAAAAUGAAGUACGUAAAUUUCAAAGGGGCCAGCUGUUCUUGUAUAAUUUAAUUGUUUGAAAGGAUAGUGUUAACUGAACUAUUUAAUUGCUAUUAAAUAAAGGCUUUAAACUGC